AAGGUUCAAGGACGACAAAUCAGGAGGAGGCCGGUCUGAAGUCUCUCCAGAAGUGGCAUCAACAUUAUGUUUUCAAUACAAAGUUUGUGGUGGAUUAUCUGGUCUCGCAUAAGUGUUCUUAUAAGUUCUAUUUCCAAGGUCAAGUUUUGCUCUACAAAGCAGAAACAAGAAUGUCCUGUAGAGACUGAAGAAGAAGAUUGCUUUGGAGAUGAUUUUGGAGACUCUUGGGACUCUCUUCCAGAAGGAUACCAGCUUAUAUGCAAACCAUCAGCUCUUGCCCAUUGGCUGCUUAAAGAUAUUCAGCGUUUCAUUCUUGAGCCAACACGCUGGUGGUGGGUUCAUUGGCCAAACGUUCAGACCCUUGUUCAACACAUCCUUCCACCUGAUAAUCCCUUGGAGUUGGCCAGGGAAAACCUACAGCUUACAGAUGGUGGCAUCAUUGCUUUGGACUGGGUAGUAGGACCAAGACAAAGUCUAAAACCAAGAAGUGGGACAAAUGUCAUAGACAAUCCACCAUUACUCCUGGUCAUUCCUAACCCUUUUGGAAAGCUGACCAGAAACGUUCAGCAACUUUGCCUGCUUGCAUUAGGAAAAGGUUACUAUCCAGUGAUUUUUAACAGACGUGGGCAAAAUGAUUGUCCUCUGACAACACUUAGACUGCAGGAUUUUGGAGAACCUGGAGAUCUAAAAGAAGCUGUAAAUUAUAUUCGUUUUAGGCAUCCAAGUUUGAUGCUCUUUGCUGUAAGCGAAGGUCUUGGGUCUGGACUAUUGCUUUCUUAUCUGGGAGAGUGUGGCUCCUCCAGUUACAUGACAGCUGUGUCCUGCAUUUCACCAGUCUUCCGCUGUCAGGAGUGGUUUGAAACCAGAUUGCCAUGGUAUUAUGAAUGGCCUCUGCUACUUUAUCAGAAAGCCAUUCUUAGCAGAUAUUUCACAGCUUUAGGAGAAGUUGUAUCCACUGAUAAACUAUUUGGAAGCAAUUCUCUACAGGAACUUCAUGAGACGUUACAUUGCCAGUAUGAAAAUAGGAAAGUAAGCUGGGACAGCUACUGGGAACGCAACGAGCCCCUGCGUGAUGUGGAUGAAGUUGCAGUCCCAGUGCUAUGCAUCUGUAGCAUGGACGAUCCAAUCCGAGGAUCACCACCGACUACGCUCCCCAUUGAACUUUUUAGAACCAACCCUUACUUUUUACUCCUGUUAACACAUCAUGGAGGGCACUGUGGGUUUCUUACAGAAUCACCAACCACAUGGAGUCAUGAAGUUACGUUGGACUAUUUUAGAUCUGUAACAGAGUUUUUCCGUACGGAAGAGAAGAAAAAAUGGUUCACAAAACGAAGGAAUUCAAACUUGAUGACCCGACGGAGAAGACCUACUCUGCAAAGACGAGAAACAGCUGUUUAUAAAGAUCUCAAAGAGGAGAUUUUUAACUGGAAACGGUCAUACACUAGAUGAAAGUCACACGGGAUGGCAGCGUAAACCAGCGGUAGUAUUUAAUACAGCCGGUAAAUGAGAUUGGUUAGCUGUUGCUGUAAUGUUUGUAUAAAAUAGAUUCCUUUACUAUUUUAAGCUUUAAACAGCCUAAGGCUACAUGAACACGACCGUGCUGUUUUUUGCGGUCCACGGAACGGGCGGCCAUUGAUAUAACUGCCUAUUCUUGUCCGUUUUGCGGACAAGAAUAGGACGUUAUUUUUUUUU